AAGAACUUGGCGCGCAUGAACCCUUUUACUAGGGUUUAAGGCUCUCUUUACCAUUUGCAUCAUAAAACCAACAUCCAGACAAAGAUACCGAUAACUCUGUAGCGUAGAGACGACGAGAGUGUUCGUUUUGUGAUGGCAUGAAACCUUCAUACUCCCUAUCCAACAAUCCUUCGAUGGCAUUCACAAACAGCUUUCGAUUUUUUCGAUGUUACAAUCAGUUGGCUUUACCAAUUUCCACUGCCCGAUUAUCGAGGCAGGGAUGCAGCUUUGAUACUCUGCGGUUCCUCUCGACCCCUCGACGUUCUAGCCGUCUGACCUCGGUGAGUUCGAAGCGGCGAGAAAAUUCCGCGACAGAGGGCGUCGAGGACGGGGGAGAGGGCGGAAAUGGGGGUUUAGUGACGGUAGCUGCAGGUAGCGAUGGCGAAUCGAGGCAUGGGAGGAUUGUCCCUACGGAGCUUCAUAAAGAGGCUACGGAAGCAUAUAUGUCCUAUGCUAUGUCCGUUCUGCUUGGACGAGCAUUGCCUGAUGUUCGUGAUGGAUUGAAGCCCGUUCACCGCCGUAUAUUAUAUGCAUUGCAUGAAUUGGGCCUUGCAUCACGUAAACCUCAUAAGAAAUGUGCCAGAGUUGUUGGAGAGGUCCUUGGUAAGUUUCACCCACAUGGUGAUACUGCCGUCUAUGAUUCACUGGUCCGAAUGGCACAGGAUUUUUCACUGCGUUGUCCACUCGUGAGUGGUCAUGGGAAUUUUGGCUCAGUGGAUGGAGAUAAUGCUGCAGCAAUGCGGUAUACAGAAUGCAGAUUGGAAGCACUUGCUGAAACAAUGCUUCUAUCAGAUUUGGAUCAGGAUACAGUUGAUUUUGUUCCAAACUUUGACAGUUCUCUAAAAGAACCAUCAUUGCUUCCUGCUAGGAUCCCAAACUUGUUAUUGAAUGGGUCUUCAGGGAUUGCGGUGGGAAUGGCAACCAAUAUCCCUCCACAUAAUCUUGGGGAGUUAGUUGAUGCUCUAAUUGUGUUGAUUCACAAUCCAGAUGCCACUCUGCAAGAAUUGCUUGAGUACAUGCCUGGACCUGACUUCCCAACAGGAGGAAUCAUAAUGGGAAAUCUUGGAAUCUUGGAGGCUUAUAGAACUGGUAAAGGGCGUGUCAUUGUCAGAGGAAAAACAGAGAUAGAAGUAUCAGAUUCUAGAACAAAGAGCGUUGCAAUUAUAGUAAAAGAGAUUCCUUAUCAGACCAACAAAUCCUCUCUAGUCAUGAAAAUUGCUGAGCUUAUUCAGAACAAGACUUUGGAAGGCAUAAGUGAUAUCCGUGAUGAGAGUGAUCGAUCUGGAAUGCGAAUAGUCAUUGAGCUUAAGAGGGGUGCUGAUCCAGCAAUUAUUCUGAAUAAUCUAUACCGUUCCACUGCUCUACAGUCAAGUUUUAGCUGCAACAUGGUUGGUAUUCUCGAUGGACAACCUAAACAAAUGGGCUUAAUAGAAUUGCUUAAGGCUUUCUUGGAUUUUAGAUGCUCAGUGGUUGAAAGACGUGCAAGGUUUAAGCUUGCACAAGCUAGAGACAGAAAUCAUAUUGUUGAGGGUAUCUUAAUUGGGCUAGAUAAUAUCGAUAAUGUAAUUGAUGUAAUCAGAAAAGCUACAAGUAACUCAGUUGCAUCAGCUGAUCUGAGGAAAAAGUUUCAAUUAUCCGAAAAACAAGCUGAAGCAAUAUUAGAUAUCAAUUUACGAAGACUUACAUUACUUGAGAGAGGCAAGUAUGUUAAUGAAGGGAAAUCCUUAACUGACCAAAUUUCUAACUUGGAGGAACUUCUAUCUAGCAAAAAGCAAAUAUUACAGGUGAUUGAACAAGAAGCAAUUGAGAUAAAGAACAAAUUCUCAACUCCACGUCGUUCCGCUUUGGAAGAUGCUGAUAAUGGCACACUUGAUGAUUUAGAUGUUAUCCCAAAUGAAGAAAUGUUAUUGGCACUUAGUGAAAAGGGCUAUGUGAAAAGAAUGAAACCAGACACUUUUAAUCAACAAAAACGUGGCACCAUUGGUAAAUCAGUUGGGAAACUAAGAGUCAAUGACACAAUGUCAGACUUUCUUGUAUGUCGUACCCAUGAUCGACUCCUGUUUUUCAGUGAUAAGGGUAUUGUGUAUUCUGCUGCGGCCUACAAGAUUCCGGAAUGUUCUCGGGCAGCUGCAGGCACACCCUUGAUCCAGAUUUUGUCCUUAUCUGAUGGUGAACGAAUUACGUCUAUCAUCCCUGUUAGUGAUUUUGCUGAAGAUCAAUAUCUUUUAAUGCUAACCGCAAAUGGAUAUGUUAAAAAAGUAUCUUUGAUGUACUUCUCCUCCAUUAGGUCAUCUGGUAUCAUAGCACUUCAACUGGUGCCUGGUGAUGAACUGAAAUGGGUCCGUCAUUGCACAAACGAAGACUAUAUUGCAAUGGCUUCACAAAACGGAAUGGUUAUUCUUAGUUCUUGUGAUAUUAUCCGAGCACUUACUAGACAUAGCCGAGGUCAGAUUGCAAUGAGACUGAAAGAAGGUGAUAGAAUGGCAUGUGUGGAUAUUAUUCCUGCAACCAAACAGGAUGGAAUAGAAAGUGAAUCUGAAUCUAGCACUCCCGACACCCCUAACCGAGCACAUGGGCCAUGGCUGUUGUUUGUGUCUGAAAAUGGUUAUGGAAAACGAGUUCCUCUCAGCCACUUUCGCAAAUCACCUUUGAAUAGGAUUGGAUUAAAAGGGUACAAGUUUUCAUCGGAAGACAAAUUGGCAGCUGUUUUUGUAGUUGGUUUUACUACAGCAGAUGAUGGUGAAAGUGAUGAAGAAGUUGUUCUUGUGAGUCAGAGUGGUACAGUCAACCGGAUAAAAGUCAGGGAUAUUUCUAUUCAGUCACGCUACGCAAGGGGAGUGAUAUUGAUGAGGCUUGAGCAUGCUGGGAAGAUCCAAUCAGCUUCAUUGAUAUCGGCUGCAGAAACAGAUGUGGAGGAGGAAGUUGAAGUUGAAGCUGCUGUGGCAUAAAAAUUUAACCAUGAUUCAUGGUUAGAUCACAAGUGAAGUGAUAUCGGUUAACCAUGGUUAGAUUUUAUUACUGAUGUCAUAUUUAUGCAUGGAGAAUACAUGGGGAAAAGCUACUUAACUCAAUUGGAAGCCUGAAGCUCCUGUAAAUUUCAUGCAAAGGAAACACAAAAGUAUAGUGGUUGAUUGUAUUUUGGGGAUUUUAAACUUUGUAAAAUGCUUGCUUUUGGUGUAGAGUGAUGUGUGCAUUGGAUUAUUAUGGGAA